AGAGUGUGUUGGUAAGUGUAUAGUAUACUCUUGUUGGUGACCACAUCCUUAGUUUCAACCGCACCCCAUAUAUUACAGUCUGGCGGGUUUGCUACUUUUGGGUACUGUGAACUUUUUGACAUUCUGCGUUAGAAGAAAUUGCUAGAUACUUACAGAAUUAUAUAUUUUAGCCUUUAUAACGGGAUCUGCAAUUUAGAACGAGUGAUGUAUGACUACCAGGAGUAAGACAGAAUUCGUAUGGGUACCGAACUUGUCGUAAGUGUAGAAUCGUUUUGCGAAAGGCAGUGACUUGGAAAGCACAGAAUUAUUCUCGGUACCUGCAUAGAACAGCUGCUGUAAUAAAAGCAAGGCGGCAUUAUAAGUACAGUAUUAAAUGGGAUGGGAGAAUGACGUACAGGAAAACAGAUUACAUUAUGCAAACUGCAGAUCUAUGUAAGACGCAGGGGAGGUGUCGUUGAGCUGUCUGAUUUUCACUAAACAGAUACUGCCUUUAGUAGUCUUAUCUCUCGCGUAGCAUCUCAUCCAGCAGGAAUUAUGUUGUCUUCCUCUUAAAUGCCAUGCUGAACUUUCCCUAUCUGCUCCUGGCUGUACUUGCUACAGCCACUACCACCAGCAGCCCCAGCUGGACGCACCAGGAGGGCUGGGGCGGCGGGGAAGACCUUUUGCUGCCGCCCAUCAAUUCUUCUUCCCGCUCUUUAGCCAGUUUGGAGCUUGAUUUGCACUUCUCCAAAAGAUCUUCAGAUGCUGGAGACGCGGAUCUCGAAGAUGUGCAGGAAGCGUUACCUUCCCAAGCAAGUCCCAGUUGCAAUAUUAGUGUGCAGAAGUUGCUCUCUACAUCACUGGUCGUGCGGUGGAAUAGGCAGCUAGGCUUCCAGUGCGACGUCUUUGUCUUUACCAUCAACAAUUAUGGAAGAGCUUUCUUUUCUGCAGCAUUCAAUCGGGUGCUGUCACCCGUAGUCAUCGAACACCUAGGAGUGUCUGGGGCACAACAGGAGUUUCGUCUUUGUGUGGGCUGCAGUUGGGGCAGGGCCAGGCGACCUGCGAGCAGCAACAGUGCCUACCUGCAGCAACGGUCGUCCUUCUCCUCAUCCCCUGCUGCACCCGCAUUUCCACCCCAAGGGGAGCUGCUUAAUUUCUGCUGUCUGGAUUUUGGGCUGGACGAACUGAAGGGCGAUCAGAGCUGGAGGCUUAACCGUAAACCCAUCGAAUCGACUCUUGUGGCGUGCUUCAUGACUCUGGUCAUCAUUGUGUGGAGUGUAGCUGCCCUUAUCUGGCCAGUCCCCAUAAUUGCAGGGUUCUUACCCAACGGUAUGGAGCAGAGGAGAGGGGGAGCACCUCCGACCGCAUCCAGGUGACCAGUGAGCUGAUGCCAUAUACUCUCUCUACAGGUACAGGUGACACACUCACGAGCAAAGUGCAAAGGUGAAUCUAAUUACAGGUUCAACACCUGAAUGGUCAAGUCAGUUUUGCUUCAUCUACCUUGAGCAGUUAUUGCCUGGAGUGUACUCCAAGAAAGGCACUGCAACUUUAGGAGCUCAAGGAAAUUUAAAUAAAUACAUAAACCUUAAGUGUUUUUCUGACAACUUUGUGCAGUUUGGAGUGGUAUUAAUGUGGGGCUUGCCUUUUCUCGCUUUGAAAGUUUUUAUUUGACAUAAGAGAGAUUUGCUAGCGGCGCUGCCAGAAAUUAGUCCCCACUGUCUUAAGUAAAUAAAAAUGUAAGCUAAGUAGGUAGAUGUACAAUUCGAGUGACAAACAUAGCUAAACAUGUGUUUGCAAAUACUGGAACGGCGUUGUAAAUAGAACUGAACAUGUAAAAGGAACUGCCCGGUGUGUUGGCGUACUUGUAAAAUAUGUGUAUCCCACGCCCAGUGCCCCUUGCUAAUUUUCCGGGUUUAAUUGGGCGGUAUUUUGUGGAUGGACACAGGAGCUCGGACUUAUCCGAAAGAUUACUUCAGCCUUAAGGUCUUUGCGAUUUUCACAGAUUUUGCUUCAAAUAUACCGAGUCCACACCAAGACGCUGCCACACGAAGACUAAAAGUAUUUAAGAGGUUGUCGCGCAUCUCUGGAUGGAAUGCUGUUCAUGGUGAAUCACAGAAAGUUAACUUUUUAUAUGUUGAUGGUUCUUAACCUUGCAGUGCAGAAGAUGCCUUUCCAGCUAUGCUGUCAAAAUACAGUGCAGUUUUGUAAAUGUCAGACUUCCUGCACUUGCAUCUUUUUAACUGGCACUUCCUUGCCUUAUAUCCUUUUUCUGUUUGUUGCUUAAAUAUAUAUUUUGCGGAUAUACUUUAUAAAAUCGUUCCAGUUAAUUUGUUAUGCUUCUUGUACAUAAUCAUGUAUUUGUGGGUUAAUGUAUGCAUACUGUUGAGCUGAGCAGCACCAUAAAGUAUCCUGAUUGAUGAUUUUAUUUAUAAGGGGUUAUAUUUUGGCAUAGGAGAAUCAACGAUAUGGCUUUAAUCCUCUAUAAGUCUUCUAGGAUCAGGAUGGAUCAUUGUCUGCUAGACAGUUUCUGCAAGGUAGUAAACAACUGCAAUAAGGAUUAUUAACACUUUAACAUGAUAAUCUAGCUGGGAUCAAUUAUUAUAUUUGGUUUCCUAUGCUAGUGGUGUCCUCAGCUUCCAAAGGACUGAUACACUUUUCUGGUAUGAAAUGAAAUAUUACAUGGAAGGUUGACACUGUUGAAAUUCCUUACUCAAAGGGGAAAAAAGGAAUAGACAUUAUGCAAAAUAAUAAAUCUGCCUGAUGAAAAAUUCACUUAAAUGACUGCUCCACCCAGAAAUUUAAAACAAACAUGUUUUCUACCAUAUGUUGAUCUUCUACGCAGUGUAAGUAUCAGUUUUUUGUGGUUGUUAUUAUUUUAUAAUUUAUAUAGCCCAAAUAGUUUGAUGACAGGUUGUAUGCCAUAAGGAUGUGAUUUUGUUUUACAUUCAGGCCAUGCCCCCCCCCCCACCACCACCACUCAGCAUCCCCAUUAUAUAACACAGAGUCUCUGCAGCCCUCUAUCUACACUUGCUUACAAUAGCAUCCUUCUAAAUUUCUACUUUUAUCAGUAGAGUGUUGGUGUAUGAUUUCCAUAACUUUCUCUGAUUUUUAUUAGUCACAAGCCACUGAACAGGCAUUUACAUCAAUUUUAAGUGCCCCACUAGAAAGAACUGUUCAAUGGCUUGCUUUUAUUGAAUAUUUGUUUUAAGCUGAGAUGUUAUCUGGCCAAUAAUGUUUCUGCUGAUUUAUCUGUGAAUGAAAUGAUACAUAGACACUUAGUAUUUUCCAACAAAUGCUUUAUCAUAGGACCCCCCACACUUCAAUUUGGAAGUGAUGAGUUCACCAGUUUAAUUGUAAUAAAAGUAAAUCUGUUAGAUGCAACUUUCCCUCCCCUCACCUAUUCACUGACUUGUAGAAGAGUCUUGUGAGGUACUAGUUAACUGAACAGAAAUAGAGAAUAUUAUGCAGAGAUGUACAGUAAGGUGCACACCAGAGACAAAGAGAGAGGUACUUCAAAAGCUAGCCUAGUUGUAUGAAUUCAGGCUUUAAUAAAGUGUAGUUAUACUGCAUAAAUCCCACUUCAUUCAGUAUAUUCCAUAACUUUGCUACCAAAGUACUAUUUGACUCUUGCCAAUGUGCUGGACAAUAGGUACAAACCACCACCACUCUCAUUGCCGCCAACCCACUUAGCAAAAAAGCAAACAAUUCAUAUUUUCUUUGCAUGUAGUUAUCUUAGAAUCAGAUUCAAAGAGAGUAAAAUAAUUUUGUAAUGAGAAAAUCUUGGCAUUUUGGGUGGAUGUGUACUUUAACUUAGCUAACCAGCAUAUAUCAAUUCAAAGAGAUAAUAAUAAUAAUAAUAACUGCAUAUAAUUGUAGUGUGGCAGCAGGACUGCUGUCAGAAAGCACAAAAUUAAGCCUUAGGUUUCCUUUUCAUAAGCCUUAAUAACUUCUCACAAUAGUCUUAAAAUUCCUUCCUGUACCUUUUACAAUAUAUUUUGGUAUUCUUUAGUGUGCAGGCUAUUACGCACCAGUUUCAAAAUGUCAUAUCAUAUCUUAACUUAUAUUCACACAAGAGGUGCUGGGUACAAUUCCCACUUCCUCAUCAUGUGACUUUCAGCAAGUAACAUAACCAGCUAGUGUUCCUUGUUCACCUCAGUUAGAAGACAGUCAUGCUUAGUGGGAGUAGGGGUUUCUUGCUUCCUAUAUUAACCAAUGAAUCUAAGACUAAACCUUCUUAUUUAUUGUUACUUAUUUAGGAAAAUGUUCCACAGACUGGGUGCUGUGUGUGGGUGUGAUCUACCUAAAUGGUAAUGUGUAGUACCUCUACAUUAGGAAGGCUUAUAAUAGAAGAGAGAGGACUGGAUGGGGGGAGUAGGGUAUGGUGCCAACUGUAUAAUGGGGCAGAACAGAUAGACACAUCUCCUUCUGCCCACAAUUGUAUAUUUAAACUUACUUAUUUUACAAACAACUACAUUUCUUCUCCAAUGACAGUUACUGUUAUGCCUUCCUUUUGUGUUUACUAAGGGAGCAUAUAGUGGAGAUAGACUACAAAGUUUAUUUUCAUUAUUUCUUGUCCAGUCACAGGGGUCUGUAGCAUACAAUUCACAUUGCUUCAAAAACACAACUCCUUAUGGGGUUUAUCAUUCCAACCACACAAUGAAACAACUGUUAAUUGAACUCUUGCUGUACAUUUCUGAAUUAAUUUUUAGGAUGACAUUUAACUUUUAUUGCAAAUAAUAUGUAGGUAACUGCUUCAGCAUUUAAUCAGCUGUUAAGAUCACACUUCUCACAAUCUUCUUUUAUAUUUUAGAAGGCUUUAUGCAUAUAAGUAAAAUUAAAAUUAUUAACAUUUCUAUUAAUGUGAAUAUAGACUUCCUGUAAUUUUAAGAAGGCCCACAAAACAAUUAAAAGAGUGACAAAUAUUUUUAUGAGAGCAGCCAUGUAGGCUCUUGUGACAGUGUAAAGACUACAGCAACAAGGUUAUAGAUUUUACUGAUUUCCGUAUUUAUUUUUAUAUAGUACUGGUCAAACUUUAUUUUGAGACCCAGAAUGUACCAAAACAUGCCUUCUUUUGUUCACGUAUGCACAUGUUAUUACAAAUCAUCUAGGACCACCACAAUAUAUCAGUCAGUUUCUUGAACUACUGGAGGUUGCCCAGUAUUCACUCCCUCAUCUUCCAGAAGAUUUACACUGAUUCUUGUACUUUUUAAUGUGUCAAUGUCAGUCUCAGUUACAAGCCAAGCCAUCAAAACUGCAGUCAGUUAUUUAUUAAUUUAUUUUUAGCAGGGGAUGAUGUAAAACCUCCAACCCAUGAUGUGGAAGAUUAUAAGUUCUGCACCACUGCUGUUAUGAUAGUACUUGUUGGGGUCACAGCAACAUGGAGAUAAGCAAUGCAUUUGGAGGAAUCUAUAUUUUUGGUUAACUGGAUGAAACUUACACUUUUCACAGCUCUCAUGCCUCAUUACCACCUGUUAAAAAAUAGUCAGUGCCGAAGAACUCUUAACAAUAAUCCUGAGUGUACUACCAUGAUUUAAUCAGUGCCAUUAUGUAUUCUCGUUUUUCCACUGAGAUUCUUUUAUUGGAAACUCACAUCUGGCAGGAGAUGAAAAAAUGAUAUGUCAUGUUAACUACAUUGCAAUUACAGUGAGGGUGAUGACUGAGAGAACAAAAUAAAGGUAUGCUGUGGCAAAGCACAGUAUGUUUGUUCCAGGUUUAACACAAUUAACUAUUCUCAUCACAGAUCAUUGACCAAGACUAAUUUUCUUAAGUUUGUCCCUUUUUCACUGAGGCAAUGUCACAACAAUGAACUUUUUUUACCCCCCACCCAUCCCUACCAGUGAUCUGGGUCACCAACAUAACUCUACCAAUUUGUUCCCUAUCUGGGCGAGAGCCAAUGACUGUGGCACAGCUGUCAUCCAGGCAGGUGUCAGUGGGCUUUUGUGUUAUGCACCUAUCUCUCUGUGUGAAUGCCAGCAGACACAGAAACGUUCAGCAUGCUGUGAUCCUUACUAAGAGUUAUACACCUCACUGACUGAUGGAACCCCUUAGAAGGUUCUGGCCCCUUCCCAUCUACUAAAGUGUAAACUCAUGUCCCCACUGGGGACUGUAGAAUGGAGUAUACAGCCCACAAUCCAUUUGAGAGUAGUGAGCACACAUAACUGUAUCACUUUACAUCCUUCCCUUGAUGGUUCAUUCAGUGUCUGGGUCACUAAUCAAAUCCAGGAUAUCUGAGCUGUGGUCAGGGCUUUAUCCCUCUGUGGCAUGGAACUGUCUUACAGGAUUGUAAACCAUGUUAAAACAAAUCACAGACCACAUAGACUAGCAUGAUGCAUAUGCAUUGUAUCACACAAGUGAUAAAAUAAGGUAAUUGUCAAGGAAAAUGUGACAGAAUAUAAAUACUAAAUAGAAAUUAAGGGGAACAUACUGUUUUAUUUAGCAGCAUAAUUUCAUGUGGUACAAUUUAUGUAUCAAGUCAUCAUACUUGGAUUGCAUUUCAACAGUUUCCCAUCAUCAAUAAAAUUACCCUUGCUAUUUAAAAAGAACUCUGUAUUUUAAUAUGCAGCAUUUUAUUUGCAUAUUCUUUGUGUAGUAGGGUUUUCUUGAAUUAUGUCUUUAUUAGUCUUGCACCAUAUCUUAUUUAUCCAUAUAAAAAUCUAUAUAAAAUGCAAACAAAUAUUGUCAUCUUGCUUUCUAUUUCCUGUACCCUUUUAUAUUCACCUUGACAAUGAGCCAGAGUAUUGUAGUGAGUCAGGCAACCAAAUACAUAUGAAAAGACUCAGUGAAACAGUGCCACAUUAUUCAUAAUGUUUAGUAACACAAUGGCAGGUCCAGAAUUUGAAGAAUUAAAAAAGAAAGAAAAAAGAAAACAAUGAUUUUAAAAUAAUUUGUGUAAAUCAGCUAUUUUUAAGAUUUUUGUAAUACAGAAGCAAAGUGCUUCUUAUUGAUGACAGAAAAUGUAAAAUUUGCUUUGUAGUAUUUUCACUGUGAAAGACAUUUUUAGAAAUAAGUAUUAAAAUAAUAAUAUUUAUUAAUCA